GCUGAGCGCGUUGCACAAAAAUAACAUUGGAAAACGAACAAUAAAAAACGACGCAUAAAGAGGAACGCUUACAAAUGCGUUAAGUGAACAUGUCGCUGGUGGAUCAUGACUCAUGGGAUAUCGAGCAUGAGGGCUGCGAACGUUUGCGUCGCAAGAUUUUGGGGCAGUUGAACGAUCGCCGCCAGCUGUUGGUCAACUCCAGGGAAUAUGUUCAGCUAACGGACAGCAUACAGAUAGGCAUUGAGCAACUACGCAAGGAUUUGAAGCAUCUGCGCGUGAUGCUGGACAAUGCCAUCACCUGGGAGACGAGUCCCCAGCACGAGUUGCAACAGCGUCGCAUCAACUGGGACAAGUUGGAGUCGCAGUUGCGGGAAAUCGAUGCGAUCUUCACGAGCAGCACACGCGCCAAUCAGUUGGCGCAGACAACGACAAGCGGCUCGUUUUGGCAGGCAGCUGGCAGCAAUGAUGCACCUGCUCCUCCCCAUCCACCUCCUCCCCACGAUGUUGUCUCGCUGCAGCAGCGCCAGGCUGAGAUUCUGGAUCAUCAGAAUCGUGGCCUGGAGGCGCUGUCAGCGACAAUAUCGCGUCAACGCAGCCUUGCCACACAACUGGGCCAAGAGGUCGAGGAUCAGAACGAUCUGCUGGACAAUCUGUCCAAUACGAUGGGUCGCGUCGAGCUGGGCGUGCAACAGGAGACGCGCAACAUCAGCCAGGUGAACAGACGCGACAGCACCUGGUGCUAUUGGCUGCUGAUCAUUUCACUCUUCGUGGCCAUCAUUGUCGUCAUCUUUGUCUAGUUAACUGGCGAAUGUGUCCACUUAUCCAAUUGUUACAUAUACAUACAAAUAUCUAUGUAUAUACAUAUAUAUAGAUACAACCCAUAUUUUAUGUUAUCUGCAAACGCCUGCAAAUUCCAAGCAUUUUUCAUGGAUGGUAAAUCAAACAAAUCAAAAAAUACAUAUAAAUAAACAUAAAUAUAUACAGCAUAUAUAUAUAAAGAUCGAAUAUCUAUAUGAUAUUCUAUAGCCGAUAUAAGUAUGCCUUUACUGUGGGUAAUUUUAAUUAUGUUUACACAUCAACUAUUCCAAAAUCCACUCAGUUUUUUAAGUAACUCAAAGAUAUUUCCUAAAACUGUUUUUAAUUUCACCAGAUCCUUUUACAAUAAUUUUGAAAGUUAUAUUUUGCUAUAAAUUGUUUGUAAUAAAGUUAAAAAAAGGUUUACUUUAAAGAUUAUUUAUAAACAGCAGUCGGUCAUUAAAAGUGUUUUAAGAAAUAAGAAUUUCAAAUGGCAUCGAUAGCGAUUUUCUAAUAAAUCAAAUACUCUUCAAUAA